UUGAUUCAAUUCCUACUCUUUAUAAUCUGGCUUUGAGACAAGACAGAAUUAGGUUGCAAGCAAAAGGCAAGCUUCUUCCUCUUCUUCUUCUUCUACCUUUAAUUUUUAGGGUUUCUUCUGGUUUGUGGGUUUCCUCAACCUUGCGCCGCCAGCCAUGGGAAGAGCUCCUUGCUGCGACAAAACCAGAGUCAAGAGAGGCUCAUGGUCUCCCGAAGAAGACGCUGCUCUCAAGAACUAUAUCCAGAGGUUUGGCACUGGUGGCAAUUGGAUUUCUUUGCCUCACAAAGCAGGACUGAAGCGAUGCGGGAAAAGUUGCCGUCUGAGAUGGCUUAACUAUCUAAGGCCAGGCAUCAAGCGUGGAGGGUUUACUGAAGAAGAAGACGACAUCAUUCUCAGCCUAUACCACGCCAUUGGAAGCAAGUGGUCUGUGAUAGCUUCCCAUCUGCCAGGAAGAACAGACAACGAUGUAAAGAACCAUUGGAACACCAAGUUGAAGAAGAAGAAGAAGAAGAAUGAGAGCUUCAAAGCCUCGCCGUCGUCGUCAUCAGCAACAACGUUUGCGACUCAUGAAUCUGAUCGAAGUUACCACUGUUACGAGAAUUCAACUUUUCCUUCAUCAUCAUCAUCCAAUGUUUAUAUGAGCAUGAACUAUGAUCGGCAGAACAAUAUUAUUAAUCAAGCUCCCAAAGAGUUGGCUCCGCCAGACCACCAAGUUCAAGCCUCAUCAGCUCUCCCAUGGCCAUGGGCGCUCCUGGAAGCUCCAAGAACUGGAGCAAGUGCAGCCCCAUCUCCUUCAGAACUAGAUGAUGGGUUCUUGAUGGGUUUAUCAGGAUCUGGAUUCCCCUAUGAUUUGCUUUAUGGGUUUGAUUCUUACGAAGAUUACUUGCCACUUAUCAAUUAAUUAAGAACUUCUCCAUGCUUAAUUAGUUAGUUAACUCUGUUAAUUUCCUUGUAUUUUUUACCUGGCCUGUAAGCGAUAUAUAUCUCCAAAUUAAUUAGUGGACAACCUCAGAGAGAAAUAAGACAUCAUCAGCAUGUGUACAAUAUAUAUAAAAUAGACAGAUCGUGUGUUUGGCUGAUCA